GCUAUGCUUAUCCUCGGUUCCAAGAAUUAGCCACUCGAGAGUCAACUCAGCUGGGGAAGAAUUCAUCAAAUUCUGAUUCAGCUGCUCGAUUGAACCUUCCCAUCCGUCCAAAGACUGAAACUUGCAAAGCUGCUGAAAAUGUCCUCCACUUCCGCGCUACUUAUACUAUCUCUUCCCUUAAAACUCUGCAAUGGAAGUAGUAAUCAUGAUUCAUCUAAACACCUACCUCUCCCUUUUUCCGGUGAUCAUAUUCGCAGUCUUGCUGGUUCUUAUACUCUUCGCCAAUUGAACCAACUUCCCAGUUCGCUCAGUUUCAGGGCCCCUUCAGCUUCAAGCCCUGUUCACCGUUCACGGCGACGUUGCAUCUGCUUUUACUCCGGUAAAGAAUCAGAGCAGAAAGGAGAUGGAUUGGACUCGCCAAUACUAAGGCGGUGGGAUGUGCCUUGGAAAUGGCAGACAGUUUCUUUGACCUCACUGGCUUGCGGAUUGAGUUUUGUUUUGACAGGACUAAUUGAAACAGCAGCAAUACCAUAUUUGGGAGUCCAAAUCAGAGAAUUGAGUUUAGAUGAGAAGGCAGAAAUAUUGUUCCUUGACCAAGCCAUUACCACUGCAGCUGUGCUUGCAGUGCUUUAUGGAAUUACCAGCUCAUUUGGACCACUUCCCGAGGAUGUAUUUCGUUAUGAUAUUAGAGAACCUUUCAAUCUUCAGAAAGGGUGGAUAGUAUGGGCGGGUAUUGGUCUUGUUGGAGCUCUAGCUGCCAUUGCACUAACGGGUGUUGCAGUAUCCUUCUUUAGUGGUGAGACCCCACAAAGAGAGACCGACGCUCUUGUUCGCUUGCUUCCGUUGAUUGGAUCCUCAAGUAUCAGCACUGCUUGCCUUGUGGGAAUCACCGGUAUCCUUGCUCCACUUCUUGAGGAGACUGUUUUUAGAGGGUUUUUCAUGGUGGCUCUGACCAAAUGGUUGCCUACACCACUUUCCAUCGUUGUUAGUGCUGCUGUAUUUGCAAUUGCACAUCUCACCCCUGGAGAAUUUCCUCAGCUGUUUGUACUUGGUAUUGCUUUGGGAUUAUCUUAUGCUCAAACACGCAACCUUCUAACACCUAUAACAAUUCAUGCUCUUUGGAACUCUGGAGUUAUCUUACUGCUCACCUUCCUUGAGCUUCAAGGAUAUGACAUCAGAGAGAUGAUACAAGCAUCUUGAUGAUUCAGUUAUUCUGUCAACAACGAGAUAGUAUGUGCAAGUUGGAAAAGGCAGUUUUUGUUAUUUGACAUGAUUACUUGUAAUUGUUUGUACGAUCACAGGAAAUGAUCAUUGAAAGCCUAGGCAUGAAUGUAAAGUUGAUUAUUGUGCCAUAAGCAGUCUAUAGCUAUUAUGUAUUCAAAGAAUUGCUCAAGCAGAUCUUUUGUUACUUCUAAACUUUUGAUGUUUUGUUUGUAAAGAAAGGUAUUCUCUUUAAAAA